UACCAUGGAAUGAAAGAGAGCGAGACCUGCAGCUUGUCAGAGAUUACAAGCCUCACAAAGAUGUUGAGCAUCUCAGAAUUCUGCUUUAUGGACCACCAGCUGCUGGAAAGUCCAGCUUCAUCAACUCUGUUGACAGUACUUUAAGAGGCAAAACCACAGCUCGAGCUUUGGCAGCAAAUGCCUCCGAAAGUUUCACCAUUGCAUACAGGACAUAUAAAAUUCAGAAAGGAAAUCCAGACACCUUUUACCCUUUUGUCUUCAAUGACACCAUGGGGCUUCAGUCCAGUGACGAAGGAAUUCGCGUGGAAGACAUCAAACUUGCCAUCAGUGGACAUGUCAAAGAAGAUUACAGGUUCAAUCCCAAAUGCCCCUUGCCUGAAACAGAUCCUAACUACAGAGGCUCCUCCACUUUCGAUGACAAAGUCCACAUUCUGGUUUUUGUCAUUUGUGCUACCUCAGUGAGCUUAAUUGAUGAUGCCACUUGGAGAAAGAUGAACGAUAUCAGAGCAGCAGGUCGUGACAAACAGAUCCCACAAAUAGCCAUUCUGACAAAAAUUGAUGAAGCUUGUCCUGAAGUCCAAAAAGACAUAAAGAACGCCUACAGGAGCAAGCACUUGAAAAAGCUGAUGGAAACAGUGAACGUGAACCUGGGACUUCCACUGAACUGCAUCUUCCUUGUGAAGAACUACCACAAAGAAAUCGAGACAGAUGACGGUGUGGAUUCACUGAUACUGAGUAUACUGAAAAAGAUCAUUGACUAUGGAGAGGACUACCUGAAUGACCAGAAUAAUCGUGACCUGUCACCAAUGU